AUGCAAGCACAGCUGCGAUCAAGACUCAAGAGCAAGAAGUGGGGAGCUUUGAUGUUCGUCUGCAAUGACCUAAUGGUGUUUCCUGCCCAGAUAUUUGAUGAAAUUGUAAAGAAGGUGUUAGUGACAAAGAGCGAUAUGACAAAGGAUGACAUGGUAAACACACUAAUUGAAUGGCGUUUGAACGGCAUUCAAGAAGACCAGGCGUUCAUCUGGCCGCACUUCACACCCACCGUGUUUGCUCCUCCCCGGGCACCCUGGGCAUCUCCUGUGCUAUCUCACACAUUUCAUGGAAAUAUCGCUUGUCGUUCACUUACUGAUGCUGAAAGAAGGACAAUGAUGGAAGAUACGGCGAGGAGAAUGAAUUGGCACUCUGCAACUGGUGUUGGUCAUAUUCAUCAACUUCUCUGGGCACCAUGCGACAAUAGCGAUAUAGGGAAAGAAAAACUAGCUAAGGCCCUGAAUACAGAAGGCAUCGAUGCCUUGUUAUAUGUUUGUAUAGACCUCAAUCGAGUCCCCUUACAGCUGCCCAGGCGAGAAGUCAAACGGGUUCUAAUACACCAGGUAAUCACAUGGGUAGGUCGUGCAUAUCUCUUCGGUUCUUCCCACUUGAUGAGCCUCUAUUUGUGCAGCGCAUGA